AUGGCAGAAUACGCCGACGCCCACGCGGGCCAUGCCAUCCCUCCCAAGUCGGAGCGUCACCCAGUGCGCUGGAACCGCUCGACUUUCUAUAAUAUGACCAUCCUCGGUCUGUGCAACCUCGCGGCGCCCGGCAUCUGGGGCGCGAUGAACUCCCUCGGCGCCGGCGGUGCCGCCUCGCCCAAGGUCGUCAACGCCGCCAACGCCCUGACGUUCUGCCUCAUGGUCGUGUCAUGCUACUUCUCCUCGGCCAUCGUGCACUACAUCGGGAUCAAGGGCGCCUUGAUCUUUGGAACUAUCGGAUACGCCCCCUUCGCCGCCGGCCUGUACACCAACAACCGCUACGGCAUCGACUGGCUCAUGCUCCUCGGCGCCGCCCUCUGUGGCAUCUCGGCCGGCGUGUUCUGGAUGGCCGAGGCCGCCAUCGCCAUCGCGUACCCCGAGCCCUGGAACCGCGGCAAGGCGUUGGGCUACUGGCUCACCUACCGCCUGUGCGGCCAAAUCCUCGGCGGCGCCAUCAACCUCGGUCUCAACGCGAGCAACGACCAGGCCGGCAAGGUUUCGUACACCGUCUUCAUCGUCUUCAUCGCCAUCCAGGCGGCCGGCCCGUUCGUCGGCUUGUUCCUCAACAAGCCGGACCAGGUCGAGCGGCAGGAUGGGCAGAAGGUCAGCCUAGCCAUCCUCGAGAACCCGUGGCACGAAAUCAAGGCCACGACGCGGGGCCUGUUCACGCCAAAGUUCCUCCUCAUCGUCCUCUGGAUCGGUCAGGCCGUCUUCGCGGAGGCCGUCUUCUUCACCUACCUUGCGACAUGGUUUUCUGUUCGAUCCAGGGCCCUGGGCUCCUUCCUGUCCGGCAUCGUUGCCGUGAUUUCAGGCAAUCUCCUCGGCCACUGGCUCGACCGUGCCAAGGUCUCGCUCAAGAUACGCACCCGGUCUACCUUCUGGGGCCUCGUCGUCACUCAGGGCGCCUGGUGGCUCUGGAUUACCAUCCUCGCGACGCGCUUCCGCGAGACGCGCCCGACGCACGAUUGGGCUAGCCCAGGCUUCGGCGCCGCCUUCGCCGUUUACAUACUUCUCACGAUCGGGUUCCAGCUCAACUACCUCUUCUUAUACUUCAUCGUCACGAACCUGGCCAAGGGCGAAGAGGAAGUCAUCCGCUACGCUGCCCUCCUACGCGGCGUGGAAUCGGCGUGGCAGGCCGUCAGCUACGGGCUGACGUCCCUCACGAUAUUCGGUGAGGUUGGCGGUAUCUACUUCAAUUUCGCGUUGUGGGCCGUGGCCAUUGGACCCGCGUGGCUUGUGUUGAGGCACUUCGGCUCCGGGCUGAAGGCGCACGUCGAGGAGGUACGGGAGGUCAAUACUGUGCUGUCAAGCGAGGACGGCGAGUUGGAUACCAAACAGCACUAG